AUGGCGCGGUUGAGAUUUCCCGGUCGUCCUGGAUGCAGAUUUGAUCGUAUGGGCGUCCGAUACGGCGCCGACGAAGCAAAAAAUGUCAACGAUCCAACAUUGGUUCUUGUGGCUAGCAUUCACAGAGGUUUGCGGUUGUUCCGUGAAUUGUUUGGAGAGUCAGAUGAGGAAGAAGAAUUUGAAGGUUUCACUCAAAAAGAUGUACAAAAAUCAGAAAGGAAGCUUAAGGCCAUGCUGGCGCAAUCUGAAGACUCGUCGGAAAAAGUCCCAUCUGGUAAACCUGUUGGAAAAAGACUUGCUAAAAUCAAGGAUACCCUGACAGCUGCUGAUCGUGGUCGUGGUGUCAGAAAAUCUUACACAGAGCUUCUGAAACAUGGCAUUGUGAAACCCGCUAAGACAUCCUUAAUGAAACAAGCUAGGGAGGAAACUAAGAAAUCACUCAAAAUUAAAUUGAAUGUGAAAAAGGAAAAAUCCGCAUUAGUGAGUUCAAGUUUUCCUGCGGUAACCCGUAAAUCUCUGGACAAAAAAAGUGUAAAGUUUGAUUUGACUCCAAAAGGUCAAGGUAAACGAAAAUCUGUUGAGGUGGAUGUGAAAAAAACUAUAGGAGUCAGUGUUAAGCAGAAGAAGGGAAAUAAAUGCCCUGAAAAGACAGACGAAGAAACUCCACAAUAUACCAAGAAAAAAGUAAAGGAGAGAGAUAAACUGUCUCCAGGUCAGGGAUUAAAAGGGGUCAAAGGUCAACAAAACUUGGUCAAACAGUUGCUUCAGAAAGCACGUAAAGGUCAACAGGCAGUUAAAGUGCAGGGAAAGAUGAAAUCUCCAGUCACUAGCCCCAAAAGCCCUAGGGGUCCAUCGCAUCCAAAGAAACAGUUUGUUCUACCAACUCAAAGUUCAAGGUCGUCCAGAGUUAUUAUUCCAAACAAGAGAUUUCUAGAACAAGAUGAUUUUAAUCAAAUAAUGACCAAGAGGUCACGUGUAGAAGAAAGUACAUUAUCACCAAGAACAGAAACAUUUUCUACUUCUACUACUACUACUACUACUAGUACUAGUCCUCGAGUAAAAAUACCAGACAAGUCAAAGGUCAAGGCUGAGCAGCUUACAUCACCACAGCUGACCAGUCUGUCACAAGGACCAGCCGUCCCACCACUUCCUCCUGGUCAUCUAUUUGACCCAGUGGAAGCAGGACAGACUCUGUCGCUGUAUGACCAACCAUUAAUAGUUGAAGGAAAACGAGCCAGAAAGCCCAGUCUGAAGGUCCGCAUUAAACUCACGGACGAACGCAUCCAAGCCUUCCAAGUGAAAUCGUUUGAGAAAAAACUUCAGGCACGUAAAAAUAUUGAGGCUGAGAAAGCUGCAGUAGGAAGCAUGGCUGGGUCUAAGAAAGUACAUCUCACGCCAUCAAAGCUGGCAGUGACUGUAACAUCUCCAUCAAAACUACCAACAUCUCCAAUAUUUGCUCCACCAAAAUUUGGUGUUUCUGGAAAAAGUGCUUUGUCAGAAAGACAGAGGCUGGAAGCACUGGAAAAAGAGGCACUGGCCACGCGUCGCAAAGGACACAACAUCUUAAGGAAGGCCAAACUCCAGCUGAGUCGAUCUGCCCUCAACAGGUCCAAGGCAGACUUUGCUCGAACUCUCAAGAAGGAAAUAAAAAUGGAAGCAAAGCUGGAGAAAAUGAGGCUGAAGCAAGGUUCUGCUAUUGGGGGUUUCAGCAAGCUGUCUGGCUAUUCAACAUUUGCAGGUGUAGCAAAGAGCUACAUGGAUGCCAAAGAUGAACAACCAGGGCCAGAGGGGCAUGAAACAGAGUCAGGAAUGUUGGACACUUCACAAGAGGGCGUGGUUUGUGCAGUGUGUAAGGAUUCCAAUCUUCCUCCGGUGCGACGUCGGAACUACUACGGUGUCCCUUGCUGUGAUGGUUGUCGAAGGUUUUACAGAGUUCAUAUGAAACGUGUUAAAGAGAAAGAGUUUUUCUGCAACGGAAACUGUAGCACGGAUAUACGACGAUGCGUUUUUUGUCGAUAUCUGCGAUGCCAGGAAGUGUUCCCUGCAGAGGACAAACUCAAACCAUUGAAGGAAUCACCAACAAAGAAAGUUGUCCCUGAAGACUCGAUGGAGGACACAGAGGGCCUAAUGUCGCCACCAAGAACGAUACCUGUGACUGUACAGACUCCAGGUGAAUCAGAGGAAGGUACAUCAACAGCAGUGGGCCCCAUAACUAGCUCACCAGAGAGUGUUGCCUCAUCACCAGCAUCUGAGGGACGUGGGCCCCGCAUCAAGCAUGUGUGUAGGAAAGCAGCUGUUGUAUUAGGGAAACCGGUGGCCAAGUUCCCUCAGACCCCUCCACAGUCAUCCCUGGAGAUCACCCUAAGUGCCUUACCCCGAGGAGAGAAAGUCAAACUGUGGAAAAAAGAGGAGGAAACAAAAGCUGGAUUGUCCGAUGAUGAACGACCACUAGAUGAGAUUAUACAGCAAUCAGAAGACAAUGUUUGUACAGUUAAGAGAUCUCCACAUAAGUCUCCAGCCUUAGGUCGAUUGAUCCCAGGGUCUCGUGGCAGACUUACUGUCCGUAGACGAAAACUUAGAUGUAAGAAGUGCCCUGGGUGUCUCGCUAAGGAUUGUGGCAAGUGUAUCUAUUGUCAGGACAAGCCUAAAUUUGGAGGUCGUGGAGUCAUGAAGCAGGCUUGUGUAGACAGGAAAUGCUCAUUUCCACGAUACUCACGGGCAGCCACUGCAGCCUUCAUUAAACCAAAGGAUCCACCUCCAGAGGGGGAGUCAUGUGACCAGGGAUGUGACACAUCAAUGGAGAUAUCAGAACCAUCUGAUCCUUCCCAGAAUUCCACAGGAUGUAGUAAUAUCAAUCCAAAUAACAAGAAUGGAAACGGAACAAGCUCCAGCAUGAACCUGAUCAGAAGGAUGGUGCUGCAGAGUCAGGGAAAUGCUCGUCCUGAAGCAGGAGUUAAACAUGCGGGAGAAUCAGAAGCAGGAAUAAGAACCCCGGCAAAUAUCAGUAGACAACUACUGCCUCACUUUAGUGGAGGCUUAUCUCGGGAAAACUUGUCACAAAAAUCUGGACGUCAAAGCCCUUUGGUGCCACCAUAUCGUUCUGGAGAUCCUCAAAAGAAGCCGGGGCUCGGAGUUUUGUCACCGAAGAAAAUGCCGAAAGGAAAGGAUCGGAAUUUGACAGUGUUGCGAUCAGAGCACUGUGUUCUCCAGCCACUGGCAUCCACUCUGAGACACUGGCCAGCACUCGGUGCUCACGGUAACUAUCGAAUCAAGGCAGAAUUUAAGGAGAACUACGAUAUUGAUAAGGCCUGGCUGUCUGGUGUCCCAUUGACUAUGUCAGGGCCUCUUUGUGUCCGCACAAUCUGUUACCUGUGUGGUAGUGCUGGUAAAUUUGAUUUUGUGUUCUGUAAUGUCUGUUGUGAACCGUUCCAUGAGUUUUGUCUGGACGAGGAUGAACGUCCGACAGAAGAUAAUCGAGAAAACUGGUGCUGCCAUCGUUGUCAAUUCUGCCAUGUGUGUGGGGAACAGUAUAAUCUCCUGCGUUGUGAUAAGUGUCAGAAUACAUACCAUCCCGAGUGCCUUGGACCAAACUAUCCCACAAAACCCUCCAAGAAAAAGAAGAUCUGGGUGUGUACCAAAUGCGUUCGCUGUAAGAGCUGUGGGUCCACUACACCAGGAAAUGCUGGACAUGCCACAUGGACCUAUGACUUCCAGCUGUGUUACGAGUGUGGUAAACUAAUGGACAAAGGAAACUUUUGCCCGAUGUGUCACAAGUGUUACUCUGAUGACGACUGGGAGUCAAAGAUGGUUCAGUGUGUGACGUGCGAAAGCUGGGUACACGCAAAGUGUGAAGGACUGAACGAUGAGAUGUAUGAGCGGGUGUCAUUCCUGCCAGAGGAUGUCCACUACAUUUGUAAAAUGUGUUCCCCUGGCGACCGUCCACGACACUGGGAGCUAGUCCUGAGAGAUGACCUUCAAGCUGGCAUUAAAUCUGUCUUCUACACCCUCCUCAAUGCCAAGUGUGCUCAGCACCUCCUACACAGAGAUGUUAAGAAGGAAUCAAUCCAGAUCAACGAAAUGUCAAAACAAGACGAAGCAAUUCUAGUGGAGGGAGUAAAAGAUUGUGAAAGAACAGCCAAUGAAGGUAGCAAAAAGUUAGAAGACCGUAAAUCAGAGGGAGGAAGUUCAAGUAAUACAACUGCUGAGAAAGAGGAUCCAGAGAGGUGUAACACAGAGGCUGUCUCGGUAACUAUGGAAACAAACACUGAAGUAACAUCUUUAUCAGAUUCAAAAUGUGAUUCAAACACCUCUGAUCCAAUGAUGGGUAAGGAGACUGGCCUAAGGGAAGGGCAGGAUGGGGAUGGGGAACAUGUGGGGCAGGGGAAUGAAGCAGACUGUGAUGGGGCUGGUGUGGGGCUAGGAAAUAAAGCAGACUGUGAUGGUGCCCGUGUGGGGCAAGGAGACGAAGCAGACUGUGAUAUUAAAAGUGGUGAAUGUUCCAUAUUGGAAAAACCUGUGCCUUGUUCAGUUGGAGAGUCCGGUGAAAAUAAAGGAAGUGAUAUUCCUAUGGAGAUUGAUGAGCUUUGUGAAGCUGAUGUAAAAGCCUCAGACAAUGAAUCCAUGGGAGGGAGUAACAUUAAUAGAACAGCCGUUGUGAAUGAUUCACAGGUACUUUAUGAAACUAAUACGAAAUAUUCUAAAAAUGACUUGAUGGGAGGUAGUGUAAUUGAUAGAACACCUCUGAAAGAGUCAGAGGGAGGUAGUAGUGAUGAAAGAAUAGCUGCACAUACUAAGCUUAUGACUGACAAACAAAAUUUAAUAACUGACUUAAAGGAUGAGGUGGAUGGUGAUCAAACUAAGGGUCAAAUCGGUGACCUUGAACAAGUGCUUGACCGAUCACAAUCCAUCAAACAUUUAGAACCAUGCUUAUCAUUGGAAAAGUCAGAGGGCCAAUCAGAAUUUGAAAAAUCGAAAUCAAUUGUCCAAUCAGAGAUUAUAACUAUUACAGACAAUAAUCAAACAGAUUCUUCACUCCAUUCUAUUGACAAAUCAGAUUCGGUGAUACAGGACUGUAAAGUGGGAAGUGACCAAUCAGAUUUAAGUUUACAUUUAAAGACUGCUCAGUCAGACAACAUUUCUAAGGUGGAUGUCAAGACAGAAGAAAGUAAGUCAGAGAUGACACCAAAUAUAGACAAUAAUAACUCAUUAGACUUAAAAUGUGAAACAUCUCAAAAUGAAAAUACAAAAUGUGAAGCAUCUGAAAAGGAGGAGAAAGUAUGUGAAGUGUCCCAGAAAGAAGAAACAAAAUGUGAAAUACCCCAACAGGAGGGAAAAAAAUGUGAAACCAAGGAUACAAAAUGUGAGUCCUCUGAUGUUAAAAGUAAAAACUGUGAAAGGAAACAAGAAGAUCUGAAAUGUGAAUCAACAAAAAGCAAUGAAUUAUGUGAAAGAAGGUGUGAAACUCCUCAAAAAUUGUCCCCAAUGACUGAUAUUGCCUUGCUAACACCCAAAAAGUCUGGAAGUUUGACUUCUGUACAUGUGCGGUUUAGUGAGAAAGGUGGACUAUUCAGAAAAGUUGCACCAAGUCGUGAUUUCCCACAUGAUUUCAGUGCAGUGAAAACCAAGAUGGCUUCAGACAAAUACAACAAUGUGGAGGAGUUCAGUGAAGAUAUGGCGCAUAUCAUAUCACAAGCAAUAAACGAUCCCUUAGAUCAGAGGAUUGUACGUAAAAAAAACAACAACUCGGUCCGGUCCAUAUUUGUUAAGCAAAUGGAGCGAUGUUUUCCAUGGUUUAAUAUUAAGACCUGUAAACUGUGGGAUCAACAACAGAGCCUGCCUGGAGGGAUGUUACCGGAGGCUGUAAUACCACCUUCAGAAGACCAUACUUACGCCCAGUGGCUGGAGCGACAAGAGACACCCAAGUCACCUCAGCCAUCGCCCUUCAAGAAACUGCACAGUACCCCGAUACCCAAGGUUCUCCCCAUAGCUGUGGAUGAGGAUGCGGAAAAGGUGCUGUCUUGUGACCUGGAGGAUGCUGGCGAGGACAUGCGACGAUGCAUCCUUUGUUGGCAUUAUGGAGACGCAGAUCCAAAUGACGCUGGCCGUCUACUGUACUCCGGACAAGAUGACUGGAUCCACAUCAAUUGUGCCCUGUGGUCAGCCGAGGCCUAUGAAGAGGAGCAUGACGGGUCACUUCAGUUUGUUCAUGCAGCGGUGUCCAGAGGAAAGCUGCUGAAGUGUGACCACUGUAAUCGUUCGGGCGCGACAGUUGGAUGCUGUAUGAGAGGAUGUCCCGCUAACUACCACUUCAUGUGUGCAAGACAGAGUCACUGUGUGUUUCAGGAGGACAAGAAAGUCUUCUGUAGUCUUCAUCGUGAUAAAGUAGACGGAGAGCUUGUUGCCAAGGACAGGUUCGCUGUGAAUCGACGAGUUCUUGUUAACAUGGAAGGUGUGAAAUGGGCCAAGAAAACAUGGGCCAAGGGUCUAGACCCAGCUGUUAUCAAUGUGCUUAUUGGGUCAUGUACGGUGGAGUCUCUAGGUAGACUAACCCCUUCCUCAGACUACAGAGACUGUUUAGCACCUGCUGAUUUCUGUUCUUCCCGAGUGUUUUGGAGCACAAGGGACGCUCGUCGUCGCUGUGUGUAUACUUGUCGUAUUGUCGAGGUUAAACCAGACAGUCCCAAAUCAAUGAAGGUUGUUUUGAAGGAUAUGACAAUUAUACAUGAUGAAAACCACCCAGAUUUUGUACCCCUAUCCACACUAGAUAUUCCUGGAGUGAAUCUCUUCCCUGUCACUGAAUCACUUGACAAUAAGAAUAACAACAGCCUUAAAUCAGACAUUAUCGAUCUGUCGGGAGAGUCUUGUGAAAUAGAUGGUUCUGUGGUUUACCAGUCUAGCAGCAUUCAGGGUCAAGAUUCUGAGUCUGAUAAGCUUAGUAGUUCCUGGCCCCUUGUGAAAAAGAAAACGUCAAAAGUGGAUUUGUCCUUGUUGUCUCCAAAAACACUAAAAUUGCUCAACAUCAAAGACCCUGAGAAAUAUAAAAAAGCUGCUGUGCCUGAGAAAGCAGUUGUGAAACAAGCGCCACCUAAUGUUAUCAAUGAGAAUAACUUCAGUGGUUUCCUUACAAAAAUUGCUGAUCGUUUAAACCAAGCUGCUGCUCGCAAUAUUGGCCGAAAGGAUGGUGAAAAGACUCCUCCGCAUGGUGGACUGCGUGGAAGGGCAAGGUCAAAUUCAGUUGAAAGGAUGCCAUCAAGGUCAAACUCUGUUGAAAGAUUUGUGCCAUCCCCUCUGCCACAUGUGAGAUCAAAAUCUGUAGAGCGAUUUGUGACGUCUCCCUUGCCUAUUUCAAGGUCAAGUUCAAGAUCAAAUUCUGUAGAAAGAGAUUAUCUGGUCAGUUCACCUGGUGUUCUGCCGCAGAAUGACACUGAGGUUCUUGAUGAUACAGGAAGCUAUCAUACAAAAGAUUCAGAAUCAGAUGGGAAUGCCACAAUUUCUACAGUGUCUGCUGAGGAGUCCAUGAACCAAUCAGGAAUGGCCAUUGAUUCCAGCCUGGAACCAAUUGCUGAGGAGGGAGAUGUAAAUACUGAAAACGUUCAGGAGACCGUGAUUGUGCUACCAGAUGACUGUGGGGAACUAACUGAGGAAGAAGUGCUUGCUAUUGCACAGGCAGCUCUUCAGCAGCAGGAAGGGGAGGAAACUCUGCAAUUACAAGGGGAGGAAACUUGUGAGGAAAAAAACAAUUCAUCACAGGACAAUCCAGAAGGAAAUGAAAGCCUAAAAGAAAAUAGUUUUAUGACCGAUGCUGGUACAAGUGAGGCUCUGCAACUUAUUGAAGAAAAGAAGGGACUAGAAACCAAUGCAGAUGAUAUAAUAGGAACAUUAUCAGAUCCUUCAGGACAGGUUACUACAUCAGAUUUUGGUGGUGCAACAGAAACAGGUAUGGAACAUUCUACUGUGGUAACAGAUUAUUCUUAUGAACAAAGGGAGAAAACUCCAGAGUUACAAAGAGAGAUUUCUACAGAACAGAAGGUUGUUGAUGAUCUGAAGCAGACAAUAGUGUCAAACUGUUCUGGUGAGAUGGAAUCUGCUGUGGACCAUUCCAAUGAUGGUAAGGUGACAAUUUCAGAAGACCCAAAGAAAGUUUGUGUAGAUCAAUCUGGAGAGAUAAAGGAGAAUGUUGCAGAUCCUCAGGGUUACAUUGCUGCUUCUGACCAGGACUGUGAUGUGAUGGAUUCAGGUACAGAGACAAAUAUACCAAUGCAUGUCACAGGAAGUAAAAUCAAAGAUCAUGGGAAGAUAACCCCGCUUGAUUUGACCAAUGAUUCGUUGGAAGAGAUGGAAGCUGGUGUCGAUGAUGUGAUACUUGUUGACAUUAAUACAGGAAAACGGGAAGCUCAAGAGGCAAUCAAAUCGAAUCUGGAGUUGGAUGUGAAGUGGACUGAUGACAUGUAUCUUUGUAGCACUUCUGGACGUUUUAUACCAAAAUCCUCAUCUGGAUCAGAUUGUAAGGACAUAAAAAAAUCUGUAUCUGAAAAACACUCUGGUAAAUCAGUGUCUAAAAAGGACACAAAUGAAAUGGUUCAUGGUGAAGUUUUAACUGAAUCAGUAUCAGACAAGUGCUUGACAGAAGAUCAGCCUGCUACAAGAAUGACAGAGUCGGUGUCUGACAAAGGCUUGAUUGAGGAGCCAAAGGUGGGACCAACCAAGAAACAGGAUGGGAGACAUAAAGGUGGGAAAAAGAAGAAUCGGUAUCAAUCUACACAAGACGUUAAACCAGGUGAAGAUCAGAAAUUAAUUGACAAAUUAAGGAGGGACCAUGACAGAGUGGAAGACAUUGAAAUGACCGAUACCAUAACUGGUAGUGAUCAAACCAAUAAGGAUAAAGAUAACAAAGUGACGUCAGUCUCACCCAGUCAGGACACGGGCAAAGGUGAUGGCUUGAAUGGCUGUUUCAUGGAGGGAGCAAAAAUAAAGGAAAGCAAACAUGGCUCUGUGAAAGAAAACCAUGACAAUUCAAAGGAUGUAGAAAUCACAGCCAUCGAUUUGACAGGUGACGACGUAGAUGAUGACGGUGUGGAGAUGACUAACAAGCUAGACGCAGUUUCAGGUUCAGAUAAUACCAGGGUAGUAGACAACUCGAAUUUCUCCACAGAAAACCACUCCAGCAAAGCUGAUAAAGCAGAGGAUGAUUCGCAGAAGAUUGUACGCAGAGAACCACUACGGUUUCUUCGUCCAAUAGAAGAGAAGCCGGUAGAGCAGAAAAAGUACCAGAAGAAAUCAAAACAGAAAUCAAAACAGAGUAAAAAGACAAAAGUCACGUCAAAAUGUCAAGGUGAGAUGGAGAAGUCAAGGUCAUGUGAUGGGGCAGAUUUAUCAAGUUCAAAGGUCACAGAAGAACCAACGUCUAAUGCAGGUUACGAGAACUCUGAACAUGGAAUGAUUGCCAGCACGAUUCACUUAAACAUUUUUACAAACUCACCAUCUGGCAAGAAGGAACUUGAGAGUUCAGUUGAAAAUGACAUGAAAAAGGGAGAUAAUCCUCCUGAAGACAGUGAUAGAAUACUAAUAUCCAGUCCACCAGCAAAUGAGACAGUGGAAGAUCAUCCUCUGAAAAGUGAACAGUCAGAUCAGACUAAACAUUCUCAGCUUGUGGAGCCCAUUUACAAUUCUAAAAAUGAGCUUAUUGGGCACCGAGUAGUUGUUGAUGGUGAUUGUGUAGCAACACCUGAGCCAGGCAGAAGAACAAGCCCAACAACUGACUUAUGGGAUAUGGUUGUUCGGGAAUUAGUCAAUGAAAACCCCGAAAAAUUUCAACCUCUCAAAACUGAUGAUUCUAAAUCAGUUGAAUCUCCCAUCCCACAAGAUGUUUCUGUGGAUGAUUUAGACUGUGGUAAAAAAGUCUCUACUGAAAACAGUGAUUCUACCACACUCAAGGGAGACAACUCUUCAAAUGUUGCAAAUGAAGUGGAUGAAAUGCCAUUACAUGUACCAGAUAUGUCUGUUAAACCAAUACAGGAUGGUGAUGAUACAGAGAAUCAGUCUGAAGAAAUGAAAGGGAAUAGCAAUGACACAUCUAAUUUAACUGAUGACAAGCUGCCUGUGAAACCAACGUUCAACUUAUCUCCAAUCAAAAAAACACCUGUUAAAGUCAAUACAGAGGAAGAGAAGAGACUGGAAAAAGAGAAAACUGAGAUUCUCAAAGGCCUGGGACUGGCCAGAACUCCAACAGGAAAUGAAGAAAGUCCAGAUUUCAGCAGUAAGUCCUCACCUCUGAAGAAAUAUCCCCUCCGUCACCGACGGUCAAACUCUGGGCACUCCGAUGACAGUCCGGUCAAAGCUGAACUUGACUGGUUGUGCGAACAAAAGCUGCCCAUCCAUGAAGAAAUUGCCCAGAAAAUUAAGGCAGAAAGCCUCGCUAAGAGUAUACCUGGAGCCAAAGGACCAUUUAAAUGUCCUACUUGUAAGAGACUUUAUCGCACACGAGAAAGUUUUAAAACUCAUGUGAAAUCCUGUGACUUUGAGGUCAGCACAAGUGACGAGGAAGAAGAAGAGGAGGAGGAAAAAGUGGAGGAGGAGGAAGAAGAAACAAAGGAUGGGAGGAGGAGAUAUUCUGUAAGAGAGCACACUAUGGAGGCAAGAAAAGCUAUGGCUGGGGAAAUGAGAGCACGGGUUGAACUUCAAAACAGAGAGGCAUCGCCCAGCAAGAAACGUGGACGGCCAAAACGAUCACUCGUUGAUGAUCCGAAGGAUUUGAUAUCAUCGAAUCACGUCAAUAGUAUGAGUCCCGAUGAAGGCACACCACCCGUCAAAAGAGGCAGAGGGAGACCGAAAAUGUCGCCAGAUGUUGUGUUGCUAGAUCACCAGGAAACUGAGAAAAGACAUUUGUUGAAAAAUAAGACAGGUUUGGCAACCAGGAAUCUGAAGGAAGGAGUGAAAAGUACUCCAGAGAUCAGUGGAAUAAAAGGAAAAAGGGGCCGACCUCCGAAAUUUAAGUCUCCAGUUGCUAUAAAAAGCCCUACCAAGGAGAAACUUGUGUCAGAGAAAGCAAUACAAGAGGGUAUACGCAAAAGAGGACGACCACCUCUGAAAAGUCCAAAGGCAGAAUCAGAGGAAGACGAUAAUGGGAAGACUAGAGUUAGAAGAUCACCACUUAAAAAUCUAACUCCAACAAAAGCAGAUAUUGUUGGGAAGCGAGGACGUCCUUCAUUAAAAAUAUCUCCGAAGAAAGUGUUUGAUGAGGAGGAUAUUGUACCUAGAAAAAGAGAACGGUUGUCAGUUGGAGGAUUGAAAAGUCCCAAGCUUUGCCGUCCUGUACGAGGCCUUGUUGUAUCACCAAGGGGAAGAGGCAGACCACAAAAGACAAUUUCUGUUAAAAUUGAAUGUAAAGAAGAAACUAAUAAAACAAAGCCUUCAGGAAAAUGCAGCCAGGAAGAUGAUGCUACAACUGACAGUAACAAGCACCAGGAGCUUAACAGCCAGUGUGGAGAGGUUUCUCCAACUCGGAGACGUGGGCGUCCUGCAAAGAUAUCAAAAUCGCCAAGAAAUAUCGAAAAUGUUGAAGAAAGUGAUGGUAAUGUAUCUGUUACAUCACCAGAUGAGAAAGGUAACACAGGAGAAAGUGGAUCAACACCUGACUUAACUGGAGAUACAUCAGAACCUGUCUUAUCACCCGAGAUAAAACGCAAGAGAGGCAGACCCUUUAAAAACAAGAAAAUACAAGGGAAGGAGCCAAUCAAAAGAGAUGAAAAUGAUAAACCAGAAGUGCAAGUGAAUGAUUCUACUAUAGGAAGUGAAGAAAGCAAGGGAGAUAAGUCAAAUAAUGCCUCAAGUCAGGAGGACAGUGGCACAGCCACAAGGAGAAAACAGCACUUUAUCGCUAGACAAGAUAAAGAUUCUGAAGCAGAUUGUGAGGAAUUCAAGGGGAACAACUCUUCUAAAGAAAAUUUGUCAGAAACAAGUCAAGAAAUAGAUGAGUGUUCUGAGACAUUAGUUAGGGAGGAAAACAGUGACUGUCUUAAAGAAGGAAGCUGUGCCUCCUCUGCUAUUGUGAUAGACAGUGAGAAUGAGGAAGACCAGGAGAAGGAGCAGCAAAGGACAGAAUGUGAACAAAAUCUCAGCAACGAUGGGCAACAAUCGAACAACAGUGAUGGAAAAACACCCACAGCAAGUGAUAAAGAACAAUCAUUAGUGGAAAAUACAGAAUCAAGCGAUAUCACCGAGAAAUUGUGUUCUGUUGAAAAGGACAAAAAAUGUGAAGUUUUAUCACAAUUAGAUAUUAUGUGUAAAACUAGUACAGCAGAACAGACAGAAAGUUACAGUAAGAAAGCUUGUAUAACUAUGGUAGGGGCUGGCUUUAACAUAGGCAAGCAGGAGGUCACCACACCACCGUUAGAUAACGUAACAUCCACAGGUCCUUCCGAGAAAACAACAUCUAAGGUCCCGACAGAGGAGGGAGGACAUGUCUCUAGUGGCAUGCGUCGUGCUAGCUCCGAGUCUAACAUGAGGACAACUCAGAAUCAAAACUCCAGCUGUGCUGGAAUCAGUGAAAACAUGGUUCACCCAACAACCCCAGUGUCAAUCCGCGACCUCCUACAGCAGAAGAUGGCUGUAAGUUCAACUGAAAAACCUGGGUACCAGGUAGUGAGAAUCCACAGGCCUAAGGGUGCAGACACCUGGAAGGAGGAUAUUAAGAGUAUACUACCAGUACUUCCUGCUAAUAUCCUAGAGAAGUUACGGGACCCCGCUCAGAGGGAUGGUGCUGUUAAAAUGAUACAGGAUCUCAUAAAGGUUAAAUCUGCAACUGAUACAGUCAAGUCAUUAUCACAACCCGUGAUUGAGACAAGAAAUGUUCAAGACAUUGCGCCAGUCCCUAAGUUCACUCUGCCAAGCAAUCUCAACUCACGAGAGGCAAUCCAAAAUUACAUCAAAUCUCACAUCAAUCAACACACCAAAGAGGCUGGAAUUGACCAAUCAAGUGUCACCAGUCAGCAUGUGACCCAGGAAGGGUUAUCUGGGUCACAGUAUCGUAUGGUAACCCCCAGCAUCAGUGAUCCUCGUCUGCUGUCACCCGCGGCAAUGACUACUGGCUUCCAGGUGGUGACACCUACCCAAAACAAUCUGGCUGGCACCAUUGUCCAGGUGCCAAGUAAUAUUCCUUAUCAUCUGUCACCGCCUCAACCACUUCAACAAUUAUCUCCGCAGAUACCCAUGGCAACACAUUCAUCAAAUCAGUUAACACAGUUAUCCCCCCAGGUACAAGUACACACACAGCCCCCAAGAUCAUCUGUUGCUCAACUGAUACAACCUACAGUAAAUCCUCAGUACCUGGGAGAAAUAUCUCACAUACCACAGCUACAAAACCUGCAUUCCUCACAGUUACCUCCAUUUAACAUUGCAGCCAAUACAGUGAGCAUCCCCCAGCAAUCGUUUCAACCAUUUAACAUUGCUCCUUCACCUCAGCCAGUAAUAGGGGUGACCUCAACUCCAACCCCAAUAGGUCAAAGGGCAGUCUUGAUGGGGCCUCCAAUGGGAAGCUAUAACAUUCCACAUGUUGCAGGCAUGAGGCCACAGGAGGGAGUUUCCAGUUUGCCAGGAACUGUUAUGAUUCCUCAGCAGGUGCCUGUGACUCCACAGAUGUAUCAUUCCCCUCAGAUAGCCCCUAACAAUUCUCAACUAACUCCUCAACUCAUCAGAGGUAGUUCUGCAAGUCCACAACCUUCAGUAAUAACGGGAGAGGAAACACAAAAAAAGACUCCCAAUACCUUAGUCCGAAUAUUUGUGGAUGGUAAACCAGUUGCCGUAACAACAGAUCCAUCAGUGCUCAACAACCAUGACAAGCUGCUGUCACGUUUAGGCUCUACUAACCUACAGGCAGGAACAUACAGCGUCACUGUGUCAACACAUAAAAUGUCUAUCAGCACCAACACAUUGACUAUGGCUGGUCAGUCGUCCACAUCAAGUCCAAUGUCUUUGAUCCCUAAGAGUACGGACAACCAAAUGUUACAUUCUUUACUCAAAGCCCCACUGCCUUCCAGUCUUGGUGCAGCGGCAUAUCCCACUGUCACUACCUCCACACAGGCAUCAAACUCUAGUAUAAUGUCCACAGGUAAAGUGUCCUCAGUCAGCAAUAGUGCUAUCAAGAAAUUGCUCUCAAAGAGGGAGUUUACAGCCGUUGGUAACCUUCACUCCUACAUCAAGAAUACAGACGGGAAAGUAAGGAAACCGAUGAUCAAACCAAAUAUAAUUCACAAAAAACGGGUCACUGGAAAUUCAAAUUUGAGCAAAAAGAUGCUUGUUACCAUGGAGAAGAAUGGGAUGAUUCAGGGUGCUUUAGCAAAGGCACUGAUGCGUAAACUUGUGAAAAAUAAUAAUGAAAUGUCGCCGAAAAAGAAAAUUGUGUUUCGUGGCCUGACUGCACCAGGUGAAACAGAGAAGGCUGAUUCCAUCAACAUUUCACCAGUUGCUGAAACUAACAAAAGUAGACCCCCACCUACAACAGCUAUAAAGGUCAAGAGAGCGACCCUUCCAAACAAAGGCAAGGUGAAUACCAUCAGGAAAGGAAUACGGAGACGAAAGACACCACUGAAAGCAAGGAGUGUAGCUCUCCCUCACGUUACAGGAGUAAUGAGUCAUCCGAUAUUGCAUGCCCAGAAAGAUCUUCUCACCCUGCCACAGCCAGCUGUUGAGGAGGAGGUAGUAGCCACUCCUUACUCUAGGGCCAAUGAGGGACAUGGCCGAGGCCAAUCACGUGACGUUGCUCGUAGCAAAAAGGAGUCCUAUCUUGUCUUUGAGAUUUCCAGCGAUGAUGGCUUCUCCUGUCGGGCAGACAGUAUGGAUGAGGUGUGGAGACAGAUUGCAGAAAAAGUCCAAGAUGCACGAGUGGCUGCUCGCAUGAAACAGCUUUCCUUUCAGAAUAUGGAUGGAGCAACAAUGUUUGGUGUGAACCACAACUCUUUGCGCUACCUUAUAGAACAGCUGUAUGGCAUACAACAUUUCCGUAACUACGAGACUCUCUAUCAUCAUUAUGACCUGUCGCCUGAGGAAGAGGAACCACCGGAGAAUCCCACAGGCUGUAUCCGGACCGAGGGUUACCAUGGACGCAAACCAUUUGAUAUGUUCAGCUUCCUCAUGUCAACGUAUCGACGUAAACCAGACCCUGUCCUUGCUGGCAAGAGCGAUGUAGAAAUGAAUCUUAAGUCUCAGAGACGAGCCACCAGCAUGGACCUGCCUAUGGCAAUGAGAUUCAGAAAACUCAAGGAACACGCACGGGAGGCUGUGGGUGUCUACAGAUCCUCCAUACACGGCCGAGGCCUAUUCUGUAAGAGGAAUAUUGAUGGAGGAGAAAUGAUUAUUGAGUACGCUGGAGAGGUUAUACGAUCAUCUCUCACGGAUAAGAGGGAGAAGUACUACGAGAGCAAGGGCAUUGGAUGUUAUAUGUUCCGUAUCGAUGACGUAGACGUUGUGGAUGCCACAAUGCGAGGCAGUGCAGCUCGCUUCAUCAAUCACUCAUGUGAGCCUAACUGUUACUCCAAGGUUAUUCAGGUGGACGGCAAGAAACACAUCGUCAUUUUUGCGAGUCGAGCGAUAAAACGGAGUGAGGAAUUGACUUAUGACUACAAGUUUCCAAUAGAGGAAGUCAAAAUACCAUGUACCUGUGGACAAAAACGGUGUCGCAAAUAUCUAAACUGAGGAAGUCAAAAUACCAUGUACCUGUGGAACAAAAACUGGAUCGCAAAUACCUUAACUGAGGAAGUCAAAAUACCAUGCACCUGUGGACAAAAACUGGAUCGCAAAUACCUUAACUGAAGAAGUCAAAAUACCAGGUACCUGGGGACAAAACUGGAUCGCAAAUACCUUAACUGAAGAAGUCAAAAUACCAUGUACCUGUGGACAAAACUGGAUCGCAAAUACCUUAACUGAGGAAGUCAAAAUACCAUGCACCUGUGGACAAAACUGGAUCGCAAAUACCUUAACUGAGGAAGUCAAAAUACCAUGCACCUGUGGACAAAACUGGAUCGCAAAUACCUUAAUUGAAGAAGUCAAAAUACCAUGUACCUGAGGACAAAAACUGGAUCACAAAUACCUUAAUUGAAGAAGUCAAAAUACCAUGUACCUGAGGACAAAAACUGGAUCACAAAUACCUUAAUUGAAGAAGUCAAAAUACCAUGUACCUGAGGACAAAAACUGGAUCACAAAUACCUUAAUUGAAGAAGUCAAAAUACCAUGUACCUGUGGACAAAAACUGGAUCACAAAUACCUGAAUUGAAGAAGUCAAAAUACCAUGUACCUGUGGACAAAAACUGGAUCACAAAUACCUUAAUUGAAGAAGUCAAAAUACCAUGUACCUGUGGACAAAAACUGGAUCACAAAUACCUUAAUUGAAGAAGUCAAAAUACCAUGUACCUGUGGACAAAAACUGGAUCACAAAUACCUGAAUUGAAGAAGUCAAAAUACCAUGUACCUGUGGACAAAAACUGGAUCACAAAUACCUUAAUUGAAGAAGUCAAAAUACCAGGUACCUGGGGACAAAAGCUGGGUCGCGAAUACUUUAACUGAGAAAGUCAAAAUACAAUGUACCUGUGGACAAAAACUGGAUCACAAAUACCUUAACUGAGAAAGUCAAAAUACCAUGUACCUGUGGACAAAAACUGGAUCGCAAAUACCUUAACUGAGGAAGUCAAAAUACCAUGUACCUGUGGACAAAAACUGGAUCACAAAUACCUUAACUGAGAAAGUCAAAAUACCAUGUACCUGUGGACAAAACUGGGUCGCGAAUACUUUAACUGAGAAAGUCAAAAUACCAUGUACCUGUGGACAAAACGGUGUCACAAUUAUCUGAACUGAUGACAUCUACAAUGGAAAAAGGUGUUAAAAGUACCAAAACUACCUAAAAAUACAGAUACAAGACAAAGAUACUGUUUGACAGUGGACAAAAAAUUGUGUUACAAAUACUGAACCAAGGACCUAGAAAUAAUAUGUACAGAUCAACCAAAACUCCCAAACGUGUCAUCUGAGGAAAGCCAUUAAAGAUAUAAAUAUUCUGGUUAGCAUGUUUCACCAUAAAAAGAGGUAACCUGUGGGUUUGUGGACAAAAUUGACGUCCCUAAUCUGGGGGCUGUUUCUAUCACAUCAAAGUCCUGUAUGUUCAACAACUCCUAAGAACUCCCAUGAUGAUUCUUACACACUUUGUACAUCAAUAUCGUCAACAGACUUAAUAGUAAGUGAAUGAUUCUAGAUUUGACCUCUAGUCAAUAUGUUACAGCAUUGUUGGGAUGAUGUACCAAGGUGAUGAACUUUGACCUGUGGUUUUCAGAAGGAGAUGGUGGAGUUGAACUCGACCUUUACUGCGUGAGACGCAUUCUUGUCUGUGAUAUUUUAUCUCGUGUGCGUAUAAAAGGAAAAGGAACUAGACAAAGUGAUGUUGAUUAUUGAUCUAUGAACUAAAGCAGUGAGAUUAUGAAAAAGUUUUUUUUUUUCUGUAAGUUUUAUGAUGUGCAUUGAGCAGCUGUGGCAUUAUAAGAGUAGAUGGAAUUUGGUGCGCAAAUCUUUUGAGAAUUUCACUCGGUGAUUAAAAAAGAAGGAAUGUGUAUUAAGUUAGAUUGACUUUCAAUAUUCUAUUUAGUCACAUUUUUGUGAGUCAUAUACUUUGUAUAUGGAACCAACUUCCAAAGAAGUUUAUUACAAAUUAUUACACAAUCAUAUAACUUACAAGCAUGAAAAAAACUUCGCUUGAAUGUGCAAUUUAAUUACGACAUUGACGAAAAUCGGUAUUGUUGAUUUUGAACGAUGUUUUUAUCCAAAUGACAAUUUUUUUUGUAACACUGUUAUAAUGGCAAUUUAUGGUAACUGUUUUGAUAAUGUUAUACUUCAUAUCUUGCUCCAUUUCCUUAAGUUUUCUUGAUAUGUUCAUUGAGAUACAGUAUUUCUCAUCAUUCUACUACAAAAUUGGCCAGACAGGACACACAAGACCAAAUUAAAAAAAAAAUAAUAAGAUUGAUUAAAACUUAAACUUUUUGAACUGGCCAGGUUCCUUGUACAGAGGCAGCUAUUUCAUGUGAAGGAAUUGUGUGCUGAGCCAGAACCUAUUAUACAUCAUUCUGUUUAAUAUUUGUGUAUUUCAAGAAAUAAGGCCAAAUGAAAAAUAGAUUUGUUUACUAUCAAUUCUGUUAUACCUUUGUGCAGUCACUGAAUAUUCUCUGUUUUGAAAUGUUAUAUUGUUUGCUUAUGUCUUUAAACCUAUAGCCUGUUUCAUAUUUUAUUGUGUUGCCAGAGAAAUUACAUAGGAAAGAGGCUAUCGUGUGGUCUAAUAUGAAUCUCCUUUUCAAAAUUUGAAGAGUAUACCUUGAAACAAAUAUAUUCAUCUCUUGGCCUUUACUUGGUAUCAGAAGUUUUUCUUGAUCAGGAAUAAGGAUAUAGAUGUGGGGGUUUCUGUCUGCCUAAUGUCUCAUUGUAAUACAGGUUUUAAGACCGACAAAUUUUAAUGUAAAGACAGACAAAUUUUGAUAUAAGGAAUACUGAAACGAGUGUAUUUUUUUUAUUAGAGUUACUUCCCUUUGUAAAUGAUCUAGAUAUACAUGCCUAAGAAUAAUAAUGUUUUUUUCGUCAUCAAAGGACAUUUAGUUUGUUUUUUAUUAAUAACUUUCUAUUAUCUUUUUUUUCAGUCUUACAUUCAGAUUUUUUCCGUUGAUAUUGUUCUCGACCUGAUGUAAAUAUUUGUAAAAAACCGUUCUGACUAGUCGCUGUAUAUAAUAUGGUUUGACCAUUAUAGCCGUGAACAAUGCAAUAAAAUAUCACCCAACUAUAGCUUGUGUUCAAAACAGUAUAGUCUACACUGACAUAUGCCCAUUCCUCGAGGGGAAUCCCCUAAGGUGUUACAGGGUACAAUGUUGAUUUUCUAACUUUCACUUGUAUUUAUUUUUACAUGUUUGAUAAUUGAUUAGCUGUUCUUCUUGAAAAUUAAACAAUUAUUUAUUGAAUAAGACAUAGAUCUUUGGUGACAGUAUAUUGAGGGAAAGGAUAAUGUCAAAUGACAAGAAACAACGUAAAAUUUAAUUUUUUUUUUAUAAUUCCAUGCUCUGUCUGAAUUUCAUUUUCUGGAUGUUUGUGAUAAAGUUGUUUAGAUUAAGAAAUAGUUCAACUUGUUAGUUAGAAUAUAUUUAAGUAUGUUUUUAAUUACCAUGUUUUGUACAAAAAUCCUGGGCUUGUAAUUCUGUCUCAAUAGACAUGUAUUGUGUGUAUAUAUGUAUAUAUAUAUAUCUGUGCGUGUAAAUAGCCAAGGGAGACAACUCAGUGAUACUUGUGACAGUUUGUCUUGUUUUAGCUCUAUUGGUUAUGAUAUAAAUAUUACUGUGAGAAAUAGAAAUAUCUCUUAUAA